UUAGACCCGCUGUAGUAGCUUCUGGGGAGUUGCGGUGGUUGGCUCUCACACCGCGCUGGGCCCUCAGGGACUCAGUCCUCCCAUCGCGAGGGUCUCGCCGCGCGGCAGCUAGGCUGUAGGCCCCGCGUGCAGCCAGGGAAGGAUGGAGGAGAUGAGAGCCGGACUUGGAGGCGGGGCAAGGGACCCAGAGUGACUCCCAUGUUUGUUGUCGCCUGGAGUGAUGGGGGAGUUGAGCGGGGUGACUGUGCGCGGCUCCGCACAUGCCCCCCCUCCCGCUCUGUGUGUGUGUGUGUGUGUCUGCAAACUGAUGUGUUCAGGGCGUGAAGCAGACACGCAGGUCGGGGCAAGGGAUAACGGUCUGCUUCCCCAAAUGACAUCCUGCACGAGCUCAAAUGGUCAAACGGAGGGGGACCACAGGCUGGACCCUCCCUCCCGCCCCGAACACAAAAGCGUGGGAAGCAUCAUUAGCCCUGGGAGCGACCUAGCUGGAGAAGAGGUAGAACAGUUGACAGAAGAGCAGAAGAAUGAGUUCAAGGCUGCCUUUGACAUCUUUGUCCUGGGUGCGGAGGAUGGCUGCAUCAGCACCAAGGAGCUGGGCAAGGUGAUGAGGAUGCUGGGCCAGAACCCCACGCCGGAGGAGCUGCAGGAGAUGAUUGAUGAGGUGGACGAAGAUGGCAGUGGCACCGUGGACUUCGAUGAGUUCCUCGUCAUGAUGGUUCGGUGCAUGAAGGAUGACAGCAAAGGGAAGUCUGAGGAGGAGCUGUCGGACCUCUUUCGAAUGUUUGACAAAAACGCUGACGGUUACAUUGACUUGGAUGAACUGAAGAUGAUGCUGCAGGCUACAGGCGAGACCAUUACAGAGGACGACAUUGAAGAGCUCAUGAAGGACGGCGACAAAAACAACGACGGCCGAAUCGACUACGAUGAGUUCCUGGAAUUCAUGAAGGGUGUGGAGUAGACACUGACUCUGCACAGAGCUGCCCACGCCUGUCCUCCCACUCCAGACAGACCCUGUGGUGUGGGAGCAACUAGGUUCUCUAGACUCUGAACCUGGCUGUGUCCUUAAACCUUGCCCCCCCCUUCUCUCUCCCCAUUCCUGUCCCUGGGGUGGAGGGAGAGCAAAUAAAUCCUUACUCCCCAGA